AUGGCUUGGUUGCUCGUUUUCCUCCUCUGUCUGGGACAGAUUGGAGCCCAGUUCCCAAACAUCUCCGCUCCCAGCGAACAUCGCCUACAAAAAAGUUUGCUUCAACUGUUUUUAAAACUGCGACAGGAGAAGUUCUAUGACAUCCUGCUUGUCUACGGAGAGGAUUGUGUUUUCCAUUCACUAUCCAGACUUUUGCCCGUAUCCACAGUGCUUGUGACUUCUGGUAGUACCAACUUUGAGUGGAAUUUCAGCAGUCUCUCACUGAUUCUCAGUUGUGGGUUCCAAGCCGAAAUGGAGGAAAACUAUCGCACACUGAUAAAGCUACAAACAAACAGACGUAUAAUCAUUCUUCAAGAGGAUAUUCAACCCGAAAACGUUUGCGAUUUUUACUCGAAAAAGGAGCAGUAUAAUAUAGCUAUGGUAAAAGAAAACUUUGAUCAGCACGAGGUAGUCUACUCCUGUCGCUUCUUUCAAGAUCCAAAUUAUGAAGAAGUGACUCUAUUUGGAGAAAAACCUAUUUUCAUAGAACAGUUUCGAAACAUGCAAGGAGCUCCAAUUAGGACAAUCACGGACAACUUGGCCCCUCGAUCCAUGGUUACCCAGGACCCAAAAACCGGUGAGAAGAAGUGGAUAGGCUUUGUGGCCAACUUGCUGAACAACUUCGGUGAAAAGGUCAACGCCACCAUGGCCAUGCAGGUGGAAUUGGCGGAGGUCAAUGGCACUGUAUUCUUUGUGAAUAUUUCGAAAUGGACCGCAAACGAUCUUUUGGAUAUUGGCAUGAGCAUCGAUACCACAUGGGAAAUGGCCAACUUUGAUACGUUCACGUAUCCGUACUUAAUGUGCUCCUACUGCUUCAUGGUUCCUCUUCCGGAUAAAGUGCCGUACUGGGAUGUGUUCGGGAUGAUCAUAGAUAUCCCAGUCUUGGCUGUACUCUUUGUUAUAUUCUGCAUAUUUUCUUUGCUACUAAUUUACAUACAGCAAAAGUCCUGGCGCAAUUUGAGUCUGUACAGCGUCUUGAUGAACGAUAUGUGUUUAAGGGGGUUUUUGGGUCAGCCGUUUCCCUUUCCCCGUCAAUCCAGUAAGAAACUAAAGCUUAUAUGCCUGCUUCUCUGCUUUGCUAGUCUAAUGGUAACCACCAUGUACGAGGCUUACCUGAAGUCCUUCCUAUAUAGUCCACCGCCCGAGCCGAUGAUGCAUACCUUCAGCGAUUUGGAAAAGUCCAGGUACAAGUUGGCCAUGAACUGGGUCGAGAUGGAAAUGCUGCGUUUCAAGGACACCCAUAAGUUGCAGAAGGUGAGCGAUGACCAGAUCCAGAUGUUCGAGGACUACUACCAAUUCGUGCGCUUGCGAGAGUCCUUUGAUAGGAACUUCAUCUUUCCGGUGAACAGUAUUCGCUGGGGCACCUACAAUGAGCAGCAGAAGCUGUUCGACCAUCCCAUAUUCUACUACUCAGAUGACUUCUGCCUCAGCCGCUAUAGUAUCUUGAGUUUCCCCAUAAGACGCCAUUUGCCCUACCGCGACAUCUUCGAGGAGCACAUCCUGCGCCAGAAGGAGUUUGGCCUACUGAAUCACUGGAUCGACCACAGCUUCUUGGACAUGUUAAGCCUGGGUCUCACUCCUUACACGGAUUUUAGCGACCCUGAAGACGGAUGGGCCAUCGACGUGGAUGAUCUUUACUGGGUUUGGGGCUUGUAUGGACUUGCAUUGGGCAUCAGUUGCGUUUGCUUUGCCCUGGAGAUAAUGGGAUCCAUAAGUUUCUGGAGCCGCUUAAAAACUUAUAGAUGGAGAAGAGCUACCAAUUAA